UUACAGCGUGUAGCGUUAGUUGACAACGUGCUCCGAUUACAAGUAGUUUUAUUACGUUUUUUGUGUGUAAACAUGCCGAAUGUAAAUAAAAAAGGUUGUAGAGGAGGUAAUCCAUCAAGAAACCGGAAAAGAAAGUUUGAAGGUAAUCAGUUCACUGCAGAGUGUGAAACGGAGUUUGUUAGCACGUCGGCGAAGAAAUUGAACGAUGCAAAUUACGACGAAGUUAUCAUUGACAUGAAGGCCAACUACGUUAUUUUGCACUUUUUAAAUGUUUUCUCAUUUAUAAGCACAUUCGUGAAGUGUACAAAUUGUGGCAGUGAUAUAAAAUUUUUAAAAACUAACGGUGCUGGUGUUGCUUUUAAGUUAGUUGCCCAGUGCUCUUGCUCAAAUCGUUCGUGCGAUUCCAGUCAAACUAUAAACCGUUUUUCUGAAAUUAACCGUCGCCUAAUAUUUGCCGUACGAAUGCUAGGAGGAGGCCUUCAAAGUCUGAAAAUGUUCUGUGGGAUUUUAGAUAUAACGUUUUCGUUUAGUAAUAAUAUUUACUAUACUUUCCUCGACAAUUUGCACGCGGCAUCGAAAACUCUUUUCGAAAACUUCCAAAAGAAAGCUGUUAAAGAAGAGAUUAGUGAAAAUACAGCAGCUGAAAAAGAGCCUUUGAAUUUAACUGUUUCAGGAGACGGUUCGUGGAAGAAAAGAGGUUUUUCAUCACUGUUUGGUCUUGCUACAUUGAUAGGAAAGUACACAAAUAAAGUUUUAGAUGUUAUUGUUAAAUCCUCUUUUUAUCAAAGUUGUGCCAAUUGGAAAUCAAAAAAAGGUACGAUUGAAUAUAAUUUGUGGAAGGAAAGUCACGAAGAAGUGUGUUCUGCUAAUUACCAAGGAAGUUCUGGCAAAAGGGAGGUUGAUGCAAUGAAGGAAAUGUUUGCCCGCUCAAAAGAGUUGCUUGGCGUGCAAUAUGAAUUUUAUAUUGGCGAUGGCGAUACGAAAACAUUCAAGGCUCUUCAAGAUUUGAAUCCUUACGAUGACAUUACGGUGAAAAAAAAGAAUGUGUUGGACACGUGCAAAAGAAAAUGGGAACUCGGCUUCGUGGUGUGAAGAAGAUCACAAAGGGCCUUUGCGGGAAAGGUGCCGGAAAAUUAACCGACAAAGUUAUUGCAGAUUUGACUAUUUAUUACGGUUUGGCAAUUAGGAGACAUCCCAAUUCUGCAAAGAAUGCUGAAGAAUGCUGUGUGGGCCGUAUAUUAUCAUAACGUUUCAAGUGAUGAAAAUCCGCAGCACAUGUACUGCCCUGAAGGCAAAGAUAGUUGGUACAAGUGGCGUGUCGCCGAGGCCUACGGCACUUUGAAAUCAUUCAGACACAAGCCUCCUUUAAUAGACAAAGUGAUGCUAUUAAACCCGUUUUUGAAGCUUUAUCUUCAGACGAUUUAAUGGAACGGUGUACCGGCGGUAACACACAAAAUUCAAAUGAGUCCGUCAACGCCUGCGUGUGGAAACUAGCACCCAAACAUUUGCACAGUGCUGCCAAGACCAUUGAAAUUGCCACUUACAUUGGAGUGUCUCUUUUUAAUGAAGAGUACGUAAUCAUUUUAAAAAUAAUGGAAUUAUUGGGAAUCGCCAUUGGUCUUCAAGCUCGGAACUUUGUCCAGAUAACUGAUGACAAGCGGAUUGCAGCAGCUGAAAAAAGUAUGUCAGACGGCGCAAGAGCAGCUGCAUCAGCGAAAAAAUCCGAAAAAACUUUCCAAAUGGAGCAGUAUGAAGUCGAGGAAGGAUUGUUGUACGGGCCUGGAAUUGCUGAUUAGCCAAAAGAUAACCAGUGCUACAGUGCCGCCCACUUGGAUACUUUUUUUUGAGGUGGCCAUAUAUCAGUAUAAAUAAACAAUUAUUAUUAUAUUUUUUACGAAAAAAAAUUUUUUUACAUACUUUAAGACCUAC